AUGACGAGCACCGAGCGAAGCGAGAGUGCAAACAACCUGCUAAAAAUGUACAUGCCACCAUCAAGCCCAAUGCAUGUCUUCGUUAAGCAAUACAUGAGGCUCCAAUUUGACAGGGAAUCAGAUGAGAGCUAUGAAGAAAAAAGGACCAGAGUUGGAGGAGCUGUCAUGAGGGCAAACAUUGCAAUCGAGAGGCAUGCAAGUAAGAUAUAUACGAGGAAGAUGUUUGAACAAUUUGGUGAGAACCUGUUCGAGGGUGGAUCGUACCAAGUCGAGGAAGUUGUAAAGAGAAAGAAAUACAUCGCAAGGCACAACAAUGCUGAGAAACGGGAGAAGUGGAUCAAGGUCGAAUACAAGGUCAACAUAUCUGAUGACGGCGAUUGGUUCGAUUGUGAAUGUGGGCAAUUUGCCCAUAUGGGCAUGCUGUGCUGCCAUGCUCUGAAGGUGAUGGACCACAUAGGCGUGCAGGAGAUACCUAAGCGGCACAUCUUGAAAAGGUGGACAAGAGAUGCAAGCGACAUUUUGCCACAACACAUUGCUCACUUUCAGAAAGACCAAGCUGUCAACCAACCGUUUACAUGUCAGAGCUCAACCCUAUACCUGCAUGCUAUGGAAUUGGUGAGGAUUGGAGACUCAUCAGUUGCUGCGUACGAGCUAGUGUUGAGGAAGGUGAAAGACCUGAUUUUAGACGCCUCGAUAGCUGCUGAAACAAACAACGGUGACAACGAGAAUAGCGUGACAGCAUCUGGCAACUGGGAUGCACUCGCUGGCCUGUCAGCUCAAAGCAAGAAACGAGGGGUGGGGCGGCCGUGCUCCAGCAGAGAGGAGGCGCCAUAUGAGGGACUGAGCAAAAGGACUAGGUUCUGCAGUAUUUGCAAGCUGCCAGGUCAUAAGAGGACCACCUGCCCAGAAAGGGGUGAUGUCCCAAAACAACCUCGCAAACUAGUUACCUGCAAGAACUGUGGUGUGAUCGGACACCGUCGCACUUCCUGCACGAGGCCACAGGUGCCGAAUGAAUUGUAA